CAGAAAUUGAACAAAACUAUUAAUGGCUCAUAGAUUAGAUUCAUAUUUUCUUUAUGUACGGAAAUUGGGAAAGGAACAAAAAGAUUUAGUCAAUUUCCUCAAAGUUUCCUCCCAAGUCGAAGAAGAAGUCCUAAUAAUUUAGGACUGUUGGGGUGGUUUUCGUUUCCGUUUUGUUUCCUUCAUUUCUGCUUCUGAUCCCCCGUUUGUAGGAGGGAAAAGAAGAGAGAUUGAAUGGAGAGUGUAGUAUGGCAAGGGUUGGCUUUAUCUGGAAUUUUCUCUUGGAUUGUAAUUACUUGUUAUUUCGAUGUAACCAAAAAGAUUAGAUCUUUGCUGCAACCUUGGGUGUCUCACCAUGUUGUCUCUGGCACUUCUAUCAUCCUUAAGAUCCAGAAACAUCAGCAUAAAUUCUUGGAUGCUCUCUUUUCUGGGUUGUCUUGUAUAGUUUCUGUGCCCUUUUACACUGCGUUUCUUCCUUUGCUUUUCUGGAGUGGGCAUGGGAAACUGGCUAGGCAGAUGACCCUGUUGAUGGCUCUCUGCGAUUAUUUAGGGAACUGCAUAAAGGAUGUGGUAUCAGCUCCUAGACCAAAUUGCCCACCUGUUAGAAGGAUAACAGCUACCAAAGAUGAAGAAGAAAAUGCUUUGGAGUAUGGGUUGCCUUCUUCUCAUACUCUGAAUACAGUGUGCUUAUCAGGAUUCCUUGUAUGCUAUGUGCUGUCCUACACGCAGAGUGAAGAUGCUUUUGUGAAACUUGGUGCAGUUACCCUUGCUUGCUUGCUUGUGGGUUUCAUUGGCUUUGGAAGGAUCUACCUUGGCAUGCACAGCUUGAUUGAUAUAAUUGGUGGUCUUGUCUUCGGGUUUAUGAUUCUUGCAAUCUGGCUAUCAGUCCAUGAAUAUGUGGAUGCCUUUAUUGUAUCUGGACAAAAUGUUACAUCAUUUUGGGCUGCCCUGAGCUUCCUCUUACUUUUUGCUUAUCCCACUCCUGAGUUUCCAACUCCAAGUUUUGAGUAUCAUACUGCCUUUGACGGUGUUGUGUUUGGAAUUGUGACUGGGAUUCAACAGACAUACCACCAGUUCCACCAUGAAGCUGUUCCACGAAUAUUUACCUCGCAACUCACUAUCCCUACAUUUUUGGGAAGAAUGCUAGUUGGGAUACCGACAAUCCUGAUUGUCAAGUUCUGCAGCAAGGCUCUUGCGAAAUGGAUUCUCCCAGUAGUGUCAAACACAUUGGGAAUCCCAAUAAAAUCAACCAGCUACGUCCCAAUGCUUAAUGGUUCAGCUACAGACAAGAAAUCCAGUGAGAUAAAGCAAUCAAGUUAUAUCCACAAGAUGUUAUUCUUCUCUCAACAAGAUUUAUUUGAUGUCGACACUGGUAUCCGAUUCCUUCAAUAUGCAGGACUUGCGUGGUCCGUGGUAGAUCUUGUCCCCUCCCUCUUCUCUCACCUGAGCUUGUGAUGCUUCUCCUUGGGAUUGGAUCUACUUGAUUAGCCUGUUUUAGUGGCAGCUUGCAGCUUAUUUGUAAAUUUACAUUUUUCUUUUUGGCUUUGCUUUUGUUUGGUACUGAAUUUGCCCAUUUUCUUUAUGUUAAUGAAAUGGUCCCCAAGGGUAGUUAAGCAAA